AUGGGUUCUCCUUCUAGAAAAUGCUUUUUUGUGUUUCUUCUUCUCUUGAGCAUUGUCUUAGACUUGAGCAUAACAACUGCUGGUGAUGCCAAAGUUGAGAAACAAUGGGGGGAAGAUGGUUGUGGAAUUGGUAGGAGAGGCUGUGGUAGUAGGGGAAGGGAAGGACGAGGGUUAGGUGGAGUUGGAGGAGGUUUUGGAGGUGGUGGAGGUGGAGGAAUUGGUGGUGGUGCAGGAAAAGGUGGAGGGUUUGGAGCAGGAGGUGGUGUUGGUGGCGGUGCCGGGGGUGGAAUAGGUGGCGGAGGAGGUUUUGGAGGUGGUAAAGGUGGAGGAGUUGGUGGUGGUGGUGGUGAAGGUGGAGGGUUUGGAGCCGGAGGCGGUGUUGGUGGUGGUGCUGGGGGUGGAGUAGGCGGUGGAGGAGGUUUUGGAGGUGGUAAAGGUGGAGGAGUUGGUGGUGGUGCUGGAAAGGGUGGUGGGUUUGGAGCAGGAGGUGGUGUUGGUGGAGGUGCAGGUGGCGGAGGAGGUUUUGGAGGCGGUAAAGGUGGAGGAAUUGGUGGUGGUGUCGGAAAGGUGGAGGGUUUGGAGCUGGAGGUGGAGUUGGUGGUGGUGCAGUGGAGUAGGUGGUGGAGGAGGGGGUGGAAGGAGGUUUUUGGAGGCGGUGAAGGUGGAGGAGUUGGUGGUGGUGCUGGAAAAGGUGGAGGUUUUGGAGCCGGAGGCGGUGUUGGUGGUGGUGCAGGGGGUGGAGUAGGUGGUGGAGGAGGUUUUGGAGGUGGUAAAGGUGGAGGAGUUGGUGGUGGUGUUGGAAAGGGUGGUGGGUUUGGUGCAGGAGGUGGUGUUGGUGGAGGUGCAGGUGGCGGAGGAGGAGGGUUUGGCAGUGGUGGAGGUGGUGGCAUUGGUGGUGGGUCAGGUCAUGGUGGUGGACUUGGAGCAGGAGGAGGAGCAGGUGGAGGCAUUGGUGGAGGUGCAGGAGGCGGCAGUGGCGCUGGUGGUGGUGAAGGCGGUGGUGUCGGUGGCGGUUUUGGCCAUGGUGGAGGUGUUGGAGCGGGUGGUGGAGUAGGAGGUGGAGCUGGAGGAGGUUCUGGACAUGGUGGUGGAUUUGGUGCUGGAGGAGGUGGAGCCGGUGGAGGAGUUGGAGGCGGUGGAGGAUUCGGAGGAGGAGGUGGUGGUGGAAACUAA